AGUAGUAGCAGCAGCAGCAGCAGCAGUAGUAGUAGUAGUAGUAGCAGCAGCAGCAGUAGUAGUAGUAGUAGUAGUAGUAGUAGUAUCAAUAGUAGUAGCAGCAGCAGCAGCAGCAGCAGCAGCAGUAGUAGUAGUAGUAGUAGUAGUAGUAGUAGCAGCAGCAGCAGCAGCAGUAGUAGUAGUAGUAGUAGCAGCAGCAGCAGUAGUAGUAGUAGUAGUAGUAGUAGUAGUAGUAGUAGUAGUAGUAGUAGUAGUAGUAGUAGUAUCAAUAGUAGUAGCAGCAGCAGCAGCAGCAGCAGCAGCAGUAGUAGUAGUAGUAGUGUUAGUAAUAGUAGUAGUAGUAGCAGCAGUAGUAGUAGUAUCCGUAGUAGUAGUAGUAGUAGUAGUAGUAGCAGCAGCAGCAGCAGUAGCAGCAGUAGUAAUAGUAGUAGUAGUAGUAGUAGUAGUAGUAGUAGCAGCAGCAGCAGCAGUAGCAGCAGUAGUAAUAGUAGUAGUAGUAGUAGUAGUACAAGUACCAGUACUAGUGGUGGUAGUAGUAGCAGCAGUAAGAGUAGCAACAGCAGUAGCAGUAGUAGCUGGGGCAGUAUUAGUAGUAGUAGCAGCAGCAGCAGCAGUAGUAGUAUCAGUAGUAGUAGCAGCAGCAGUAGUAGUAGUAUCAGUAGUAGUAUUAGCAGCAGCAGCAGCAGCAGUAGCAGUAGUAGUAGCAGCAGCAGCAGUAGUAGUAGUAGUAGUAAUAAUAAUAGUAGUAGUAGUAUUAAUAGUAGUAGCAGCAGUAAUAGUAGUAGUAGUAGCAGCAGUAGUAAAAGUAGUAGUAGUAGUAGUAGUAGUAGUAGUAGUACUAGUAGCAGCAGCAGCAGUAGUAAUAGUAGUAGUAGUAGUAGUAGUACAAGUACCAGUACUAGUGGUGCAGCAGCAGCAGUAGCAGUAGUAGUAGCAGCAAAGAUGGUCAUCUUUUGGCUCAUUGCUUAUACAAAAAGGACAACAUUGUCCUAUAGACUGGCAGAUCUAUGCUGCAAUCAACCAAUUACCACAACACAUAUUGUGUCUGAUUCUGAGUUGGAUAUAACAGAGGCGCUGCCUAAACGAGAUAAACAACCCACUCGCCUUGAGACUAAUGAGAUGCAAGAGAGAUGUUCUGUGAGACAUUGGAUGACGAAUGCUUGGCUAAGUAUGGACACAAAACUACGGUCUUGCAUGCAAAAUCAUAUUUCAGAAACAGCGCUCAUCCUCAAGAGAUGUUCCACAGUUUAUACCACAUAUUAUUCUAAAAUAAGUAGGACAUUUUAUGGACAUCAGCUGUUUGAUUUCUUUUCUAAUGUCCUUUUUACACUAACAUUCAAUAGCAAUCCUCUCACCAACACAAUUAAAAAAUCUUCAAAGGCCAAACUUGAAGUAUCUGGUUACGAGGCCAAUUCACUUUUUAACCUGGAAUAA